CCCGACGCUGUACACCACCACCACCGCCUGGACACCUGGAGAGGAGCAUUCAUCGCCGACGCGUAACGACACGGACGCAUACACCCCCGUCAUCGCCCAUUCCAAAUCCGCUGUUGGUCGACGUGAACAGGGCGCGAUGUCCCUCGACGUUCCCUCGGCCCAGUUUCGGGUGAAGGUAUACCAACUAAAAGACGAUAAUUGGGAUGAUAAAGGGACGGGGCAUUGUACCGGGCUGAUAGAGAAUGAUGAAGCAUGGUUUUAUGUGCGGAGUGAGAAUGACCCGAAGGAGAUGUUGUUGAAGAGUAGGAUCUUGAGGGAGGAUGUGUAUCAGAAGCAGCAAGAAACCUUGAUAGUGUGGACCGAAGCCAACGGGGAGGAUAUGGCCUUGUCAUUCCAAGAAGCGGAUGGAUGCGCAGAGAUAUGGAACUACAUCACCAACGUCCAACGACACAUGUACCAAUCCAACCUCGCUGACGACAUCCUCUCCGACGAAGCAGAAGGCGCAAUCUCAUCCCCCGUCCACCUCCCUGCCGCAGAAAUCGGUAACCUCCAAGAAAUCGAAAACCGCGUCCUCAUGGCCUCGCACUCCAUCAAACAACGCGAAUCACUGGCGAAGUUCGUGCUGCAGGAAGAUUAUAUCGCGAAGCUCGUGCCGUUGUUGGAGAUGUUGGAGGAUUUGGAGAGUUUGAGUGAUCUACACCGGUUGUGUAAUAUCAUGAAAGUACUGAUUUUGAUAAAUGACGCGAGUAUCUUUGAGGUGAUACUCAAGGAUGAGAAUAUCUUGGGUGUUGUAGGGAUCUUGGAGUAUGAUCCUGACUUCCCGGGACAUAAGGCGAAUCAUCGGAAAUAUUUGUCGGAUCCGGUGAGGUUCAAACAGGUUGUGGAGAUUGAGAACCCUGAGAUUCGGAGGAAGAUUCAUCAGACGUUCAGGCUGCAGUAUUUGAAGGAUGUUGUGCUGGCACGCAUUCUUGAUGACAAUACGUUUUCGCUGCUGAACUCACUCAUUUUCUUCAACCAGGUCGAUAUUGUGCAACACCUACAAUCAAACUCGAAGUUUCUCACGGAGUUGUUUGGAAUAUUCAAGAGUGAUCCCCUGCAAGAUCCGUCGAGAAAAGCGGAUGGAGUGCGGUUUAUUCAGCAAUUUUGCCAGAUUGCGAAACAGCUGCAGAGUCCGGCACGGACGGGGUUGUAUACUACGUUCGUGAAUCAUGGGUUGUUUGGGGUGAUUGACUACGCGCUCUUGCACGAAGACCCCGGGAUCAGAAUAGCGGGGACGGAUGUCGUGAUGGCGAUUAUCGAUCAUGAUCCCACGCUUAUUCGGAGUUUCAUAUUGAAGCAGGAUGCGGAUAAGGAGGAAACGAAGAGUUUGACGGAUACGCUGAUGGAGCUGGCACACACCGAGAAAGACUUGGGUGUCAAGGCGUUGAUCGCGGAGGCGAUCCGGGUGCUAGUCGAUCCGGCUGCGGGACCCCUGCCUGAGGGUCAAGCGAAACCGACGAAUGAGUUUGUGUUGAGGCAGAGGGUUGAGGAUCCCGAGGCGGACAAGUUCUUGCAGUUCUUCUAUGAUAACUGCGCGACGAAAUUGAUGGUGCCGUUGAUGGAGAUCGAUGAGCGUGUGGAGACGUUGGAGUUGAGCCAGGACCGGAGUGCGCUGUUUACGCAUCUUUGUGAGUUGUUGUGCUUCUUUUUGAGGUUUCAUACGUUUCGGAGUAAAUACUUUGUUCUGAGCUCGAAUAUCUCGGCAAAGGUUGGGGCACUCUUCAAAAGUUCGGAAAAGCACGUCAAACUCGCCGCACUACGGUAUUUCCGGACGUGUAUCGGGUUAAACGACGAGUUCUAUAAACGGCAUCUCAUCAAGAACAACCUCUUUGCGCCGAUUAUCGAGACGUUCAUAAGUACUGGCACGCGGUAUAAUAUGCUCAACUCGGCGUGUUUGGAAUUUUUUGAGUUUAUUAGGAAGGAGGCGAUGAAGAAUGUCAUCAUACACAUCGUGGAAAAUUUUGGGGAGAGAUUGAGGGAGGUGAAGUAUGUGGAGACGUUUGAGCAGUUGAUGGCGAGGUAUGAGCAGUUUAAGGAGAAGCCUGGGGUUGGGGCUGGGGAUGGUGGUGAGGGGGGGACGACGGAGGGAGCGCAGCAGAUGGAGACGAGGACAACGGAUGGGAGGUGGCAGAGUGUUAAACCGCCGGAUGCGCAGGAGGAGGAUUACUUUAAUAAUGAUGAUGAGAUGGAGAAGAAGACGGCGAAAACGGAAACCCCACCGACUGCGCCGGAUACGGAGGGUGAGCCGGCGACGACUGAAUCCCCCGCGACGGAAGAUUUGGGGAUCUCGGUGGUUGAUGUGUUACCGCCAGAUAGGCUUAGCGAGAAGAGACGGAGAGAGGAGGAGGAUGAGGAGGAUCAGUUGGGGUUGUUGUCGAGAGGGGCGAAGAGGACGGCGAGUCCGCAGUCGGUGAAGGCUGUUAAUACGCCGUCGCCUAGUAAAGAAGGUAGGCCGGCGAGUGCGGAUGGAAGUCCGACGCCGGGGCCGAAGAAGAUUGUGUUUAGCUUCGGAAAGGUUGCUGGGACGAUUGCGAAGGCGGUCGCUGGUACCGGUGCUGAAGGGGUGGAUGCGGAAGAGAAAGAUGAGGCACCACCGCCGCAGGAGACAGUAAGCGAGGAGAAGAAAGAGUAGCUGAACGGUUUUAGACUUUUGCUCAUAUCAUUGCUUAAUUAUUGCAGGUGGGAGUAUACAUUGGGCCCUGGGAUAUGGGAUCUGGAUUUGGAUCUUGGGAUUUUGGAGGGAUAGUUGUCUUGAGUAUUGAUAGUGGGUGGGCGCAUUAGCAGAUGAGGACGACGAAUC